AUGGCUAGGACACGAGGAAAUUUAUCUAGACGUGGUUCACAUGAUGCACCUGAGAGUUCCACACAGGGUGUUGCACGAAAGAGACCGACAGCUUCAGCUCGUAGAAGGGGUCAGCACGAGGCUAAUGUUGUUGAGCAUGAGGUUUCUGAUGUUCCUCAAGACGAGGAGCAGGGGAUUGAUAACGAUGGUGCAGGAUUUCCAGGUGGUCCGUCUGAUACAACUUUAUUGACUCGGUACCAGAAUCAUGAUCGAGUUGUGAAAAUAGUCUCCCAUGUUGUUCAGGAUGAUGUUGUUGAGCAUGAGGUUUCUGAUGUUCCUCAAGACGACGAGCAGGGGAUUGAUAACGAUGGUGCAGGAUUUCCAGGUGGUCCGUCUGAUACAACUUUAUUGACUCGGUACCAGAAUCAUGUUGCACGCAUGAUAUGGGAUGGUCAGGAUCGAGUUGUGAAAAUAGUCUCCCAUAUUAAAAAAGUGAAGAAAUUAGGACGUCCUCACCCUUCUAUUCUCCCCUUUGUGGCAGCUUCUGAAUUAUCGCCUCUGUGCGAUAUUUUAUAUGAAUAUACCGAUCUUGGGUUAGUAUUGGGUUUCGUGGAGAGAUGGCAUCCCGAGACUAAUACUUUUCAUCUACCCAUUGGGGAGAUGACCAUCACUUUAGAUGACGUCUGGUCGUUCCUCCAUCUUCCCAUCACUGGACAUUUUUGCUCCACUGAAAAUCUUGAAUAUGAAGAUUAA